UGGUGCCACCGUGUGCUCGGUGCUCGUGAUUUUCGAGUUUAAUUCCGUUAUAAUAUUAUAAUAAAUACCGAGUGCGCCUUGUCGAAAACGUCUUAAAUAGCAUAAUUGGGUUUGCGGGCAAGAUGUCUUUAUGUAGCCUACCGUCGCUACUCGAACCCAGCCGUUGCGAUUAUCCGAAAAGUUGUCAGUUUUGGACAGAAAAACGUUACGGUUUUUGUAAAAUUUCUUGAUACUAUUAUCUUGACUAUUACUCAAUAGUCUUAACUAUAUUAUACUCAUAACGGUUUCGGAUCGAAGUGUGUUUGUUUUUUCGCGUGUUUUUUACAUAAAAAUUUGUUUAUUUAGUCAAGUGUUUGCCAAGCGUUUUGCGCAUUGUGUUAUUCGAUCGAAAAAUGUACGGUUUUUGAAAUGCAUCCGGCCGACGUUACUUACAUCUCCACUCAUAUAUACAACAUAAUUAAUAAGGAUCUCAGCAGCCGAAUGGCCCUAACGCUAGUCGGCCUGUUGAAAGUCUUCUCGACGCUCGUUUUGAUCGUGUCCACAUCGAGCAACUCGCUGCUACUGCUAGUGUUCUACCGACGUCCCGGUCUUCGCACCCUAUCCAACAGAUUUGUGAUGAACUUACUGGUUACCAAUUUGGCCAGCAGCUGGAUCCUCGUGCCGUUGACGUUAUGGGACGGCAGCGCGUUUAGCUGGGCGCCUACGCUGCCGGCGUCCGUGUGGAACGGCCUGACGGGCGCCGUGUACGCGCAGUCCGUGCUGUCCGUGAUGGCCGUGGCCGUCGAUCAGUACUACGCCGUUACCGACCCGUUGCGAUACCACGUGACUGUGAACGCGGCCAGUUGCGCCGUGGCCGUGGCGCUGACGUGGUGUCUGUCGGCCGUGGCCGGCGCGCUGUCCGCCGUCCGGGAACUGUCGGUGGCGCCGGACGCCUACCGGUACUCGUUUCCGGUGGCCUACGUGGCGCUGCUGUACGUGGUGCCGUUCGUGUCCGUGUGCUGGGUGUACGUGAAAAUAUGUACGGCCGCGCACCGGAACAGCGAACGGGCCAGGAGAAACGGAUCGGUGCCCGAUCAGCUGCAGCAGCACCAGCAGCAGCAACAACCGCUUCAGCCCAACAACAACAACAACAACAACAACGAGUAUAACAUAGUUCCUACGAUACAAGAAGAAGACGACGAAACUGUGGAGGAGACCCAACCGGCACAAGAACCGGACACCCCUAAGCCACCCCCGUUCCAGCAUUCGUCCACCAGGGCUAGUCUCAAGAGCACGUCCAGUUCCAUUGUAAACCAUUUAAGAUACAGGAUAUCGAACGCCAGCAUGUUCCGGUACCGGGAAGAGUCGCGUGCCGCCAAGAUCUCCGUGCUGGUCAUCGUUACGGCGGCCGCGUGCUGGACGCCGUACGCGGCGUACAAGCUGUCGCAGUGGCCGCCGCUGGCCGGCACGGGGUACGUGCCGUCGCCGGAACCACUGGCCGCGCUGCUCUCGUUGUCCGCGCACGCCGUCAUCACGCCCAUACUGUUCGCCCACCGGAACAGGCGCGUGCACCGGGAACUGUGCCGGAUAUUCUGCCGGCGAAAGCGGUGCAGCAGCUUCUACGACAACGUGCGCAACGCCACCGUGGCCGCGGCCGUGACGCCCGUCAAGCCAGCCGACCGGCUGUCCGGCAAUGGGCCGCCGCUGCACGUGUUCGGCCGGUGGUUCGGACGGCCGUCGGCCGCGUCCUCCGCGUUCCUCGUGCCCACGCUGACCGUGCCCGACGCCGCCCAGCUGCCCACCGACACCGAGACGGCCCGCAGCUCGUUCUCCAGCAACGGCAGCGCCACCACGCAGGCGUCGUCCGUCAUCACGGUGGACUGACGUCCCGGCUGUCCGCCGCCGCCGCC